AAGCGGGCGGGGAGCCGGACCGGCAGCAGGGCGCCGCCGAGCCGCGAAGCGACAUGGUGGUGCUCAAGGAGUAUCGAGUCAUCCUUCCAGUGUCUGUAGAUGAGUACCAAGUGGGGCAGCUGUACUCUGUGGCCGAGGCCAGUAAGAAUGAGACGGGUGGCGGCGAGGGUGUGGAGGUGCUGGUGAACGAGCCCUAUGAGAAGGACGGCGAGAAAGGCCAGUACACACACAAGAUCUACCACUUACAGAGCAAAGUGCCCACGUUUGUUCGAAUGCUGGCGCCAGAGGGAGCCCUGAAUAUACAUGAAAAAGCAUGGAAUGCCUAUCCUUACUGCAGAACCGUUAUUACAAAUGAGUACAUGAAAGAAGACUUUCUGAUUAAAAUUGAAACCUGGCACAAACCAGAUCUUGGCACCCUGGAAAAUGUGCAUAAACUGGAGCCUGAAGCCUGGAAGCAUACGGAAGUAAUAUAUAUAGACAUUGCAGAUCGAAGCCAAGUACUUAGCAAGGAUUACAAAGCAGAGGAAGACCCAGCAAAAUUUAAAUCUAUCAAAACAGGACGAGGCCCUCUGACCACCAAUUGGAAGCAAGAACUUGUAAAUCAGAAAGACUGCCCGUACAUGUGUGCGUACAAACUGGUUACUGUCAAGUUCAAGUGGUGGGGCCUGCAGAACAAAGUGGAAAACUUCAUACAUAAGCAAGAGAGGCGUCUGUUUACAAACUUCCACAGGCAGCUGUUCUGUUGGCUCGAUAAGUGGGUUGACCUGACAAUGGACGACAUUCGAAGGAUGGAAGAAGAGACAAAGAGACAGCUAGAUGAGAUGAGACACAAGGACCCAGUGAAAGGAAUGACAGCCGAUGACUAAAGCCGCCCCUCCCCCUUCUGCACUUUUUGCAAGACAGUGGUCAACAGGAAGGCCCAGCAGCUCCACCCUCCCGUGUGACAGGCCAUCUUCGGACGCAGCCUUUCUGUGCCCAUUCUUCAGGCAACUCUCGACCCCUUACUGUAGCUAAUCCUAGAAGCCCUUUACUCUUGUGAACAAAUAGACCGUCUGGUAUUACGAAGCCCGUGUGUGCGGGAGCCUGCUCCUCUGAGACCUGUGGCUGUACGCUGCUGUUACAGCCCCUCCCUCUCUCCAUUCCUCUGUGUGUCCUUUCCCCACCCUGCCCCACUUUAUUUUCAAGUGACAUUUUUUGUCUUUCAAAAUAGUUGUCUUUUGUGAUGUGGUGAUUUCCAUGAUCUAAGUUUGUUUUCAGCCUUGGGGUAAUGGAGGUGUCCGGCUUCCCAGGCAGAUCUGUGCCGUUACGAGUGUGCACCGGGGAGAGGGGCUGUGUGAGAAAACAGCAUUCCCCCAUGCCCGGCCCACCGGGGGCACCAGUGUGGCUUCACCCCAACAGCUGUUCCAGUAGCUCAUCUACGCACCGAGGAGGCACCCAAGGCCUGGCCCCUCUGUUUCCGGAAAUCUGACAAAUACACAUCGACCCCAGCCUCCGGCAUCGCACCUAUGCCACUCUUCUUAGAAAUACCUGCGGCUUCUGCGGCUUCUCAGUCCUGUUGCCUCGCUGUCUGAACCUCUGCAGAGUCCGCCACAUGCCCCAGCCAGCCUGUCUGGAGGGACCUGUCCUUAGAAUUGAUGUGCCCCUCACUCGACCAUCAUCCACCUGACCCCUCCAAGAGCUUGCUCUGUGUGCCCAUGCUCUUCCCUUUUGGGCUGGUGCUGCCACUCAGCAAUAAUCCUCCUUUCUGUGCUUGGAGGCUGCCUAGAGCCUGAGUCCUGAUCUUCUCAUGCAAAAAACGAGCAUGCCAAAAGCUUCCUUCCUAGUUCCCUCUCUUCUCCAGGGAUGCUGGAAAGAAACUGGGGAUCAAGGACUCGGCUCAUCCUAUCCCCACGCUGAGUUCUGUCCAGGACAAUCAAAUGUAAAGUAGUGACCAGCAGAAAGCUACCACAGCGAGCUGCAGAGGAGGUGCAGGCUCGAGAGGAGCAGGACCUGCCGAGGGGCUCACAGUUCCUGUGACUUGGCAGGACUGCUUGGUGGGAGACUAGAACAUAGCUAUGGAUGGUAUCACUUGAUGGUGCCCUCCCACCCCCCCGCCCAGCCCUGUUGGCCUGAGCAUGCAGUCCUUCAGACCCACACUAGCCUGGAGGCAACUGCUGCUCAAAGAGAUGGAGUCUCUGCUGGGGGAGUGAGAAUUGGACUAGCCUGAUUGAUCUUACAUUUUUCUCCAUUGCUUUGCCUUACUCAUGUCUAAGUGCAAUAAGGGAGUGUCUUACAGGACUGCACCCGUGACGCCCUGAUGGCUGCUCCCAUUAGCCCUCUGGGGCAAGGGUGGAUGGGUAGGUACAGACCCUUCAGGGUGAUUAGCUCGUUGAGGUCCCUUUGGAUCCAGGAUGAUGCCCCAUUCAGUCACCUUUAUUCGUCCCUUCACCUGGUGGAAUCUAUAGUAAUGGACCUGGGCAUUUCCGUUGGUUAUUCCCAUUUUAACUGCUGGUGGUUUUUAUUUGAGUAGGAUAAUUGAAUCAGAGGCAUUCCUACUGGAGAAAAAAUACCAUUUUCCUACAAGCUGUUCUAGCUGUAAUAUGUAUGCUUAAAGAGUUCCCUCUCAUUCAUUAACUAUCUGAAGUCCAGAUACGGCUCUAUCCUGAGACAUGCUAAUUGACGUCCUACCCAGACUGUCCUUCUUAUGGUUUGAGGAUCAGCAGAGGUCUUCUUCCGUUGGCUCUUCUUUGAGAUCCACAUGUAUCACUUCAGCUCCACCAGGGGCUUUUGCUUCAGCUGCCUUUUCUCUGUUUAGCUGGAAUAAAAAAUCCAUAUGAGCUGAAGUAGGAUUUCCUGAGGUCAACCUGGAUCUGGGGCUCCUGCCUACAUCAACAUAGAGGUGGCAGAUCCCUGGUCUUCACUCCAUCCCCACACGGCAUGGUGCUGCUGGAUCACAGUGUUGGCCUCUUUUACAUACUCCUUUCCCUCCUCACCCCUAACCAACUAGCACUCAGAGGGGCUCACAAUGAACCCUCAGCUUCAGGGUCAUACCUAAGGAUGUGCCACACCCCUUCAGACAAGCUGGUUCCAUUCGAUACAUAGGGAAAGGGCCCUGUCUGGAAGCAGCAGUGCCUCUAGAGUGGUACUAGACUCUGCUUUCUCUGGGAGAGAGGUUAGGGGUCGGGUCAAUGUGAUGGGCACAACAUGUGUACCUUCCCAAGUUCUCUUACUGCUGGGACCCCCUUUGACUUGUUUGGUUGGUUCCUAGUGCUACUUCUUUUACAAAAUACACUUUGUAGAACCAAUUAGAUUACCUUGUUUAUUUAAUGUGAGUUUGUGCCUUUUUGUCUCAAUCUUCCAAAACAGGUAUAUUGACGGGGGUGAGGUGGGGAGGAAUAACAGUCUAAUAAAAUUCUAGACAGAG